UCGACUUAAAAAUAAUAUUAAUUUAUAGAAUCGCCUGUUUUAAUGCCCAUUGCUGUUUUGUGUUGAUAGUCUCGCUUCGUUAUCACUUUCUGCAUUUAUUAUUCCGCAGACAGUCUUCAGUGAUUAUCACCCGAACACGGUCAGGUUUUGUUAUUGUUAACGUUAUUUCUCGUGCCCUAUACCUACCUACAUAUAUGUAUAUCGCAUUCAGUAUGACGAUAUAGACAAAGCGAACUCGCCCCCAAUGAGCUUAUAGCCAUUUUGUAGUGGGUCCGUAUAAGUUGCACUCAGUCGGCAUUCAACUGGUGUUGUAUGCUCAGCAUACAGCUGAUACGACAUUUCUCUGACACCAUCUAGUGUAUAGGAUUACAUAAAAUCCAAGAAGGCAUCAUUGUCAAUCGGUACGUAUUUGUUUCCCCAAGGUUGUGAGUCAGUAGUGAAAGUCAUUUUUUUAAACAUAUUUGGCAUGCUCUCCAUCGCCGGAUGAUGCGUUAAAAGGAAUAGUGAAAAUUUAAUCACGAGCCAGUACAGUGCGGUGAUCCGAAGCCAUAGCAACAAAUCUGCAACAGCUGCUUCUGCUGCUGCUGCCGCCGACUCCAGUGGUGUGAAGACAAACAAGGCAAAGUGCACACAAAAUGCACCCUCCUUGCAGCAGAACUAGUGGCCCAUAUGGCGUGCUGAUGCUGGUGCUAAUUGUAGCAUCAAUGAGCGUGUCCAACGUUCGAUCUCAGCAGGAGGCCAACGAAGGCGAGGGACAACUGCUGUUUGCACAUGUGAUCUAUCGCCAUGGCGAUCGGACUCCGAUCGAAGCGUACCCGACUGACCCAUGGAAGGACCCUAGCCACUGGAGCACCGGAUGGGGACAACUCACCAAUGCUGGCAAAAUGCGGCAUCUUAUGUUGGGGAACUGGUUACGCGAACGGUACAGUACCCUCCUCAGCAAGACUUACACCAACAACGAAAUCUAUGUCCGUUCCACCGACGUGGACCGGACGCUGAUGAGCGCUGAAUCGAACCUCGCUGGGCUCUUCCCACCAACAGGAAAAGACCAAUGGGAUCCCGCAAUCCAAUGGCAACCGAUCCCAGUUCACACCGUUCCAGAAACUUUAGACGAAAUACUGGCGGCGAAAAAAUCCUGUCCCGCAUUUGAUUACGCUCUCAAAAAGUAUAAACAAUCGGAUGAGUUCCAGACAUACAACAAAUCACUAGAACCGGUUUACGAAUAUGUAACUGCCCACUCAGGACGUAGAAUAGAUUCACUAACAUCGGCGCAAAACCUCUACAGUUGCCUGCACAUUGAAGACUUGAACAACUUUACACUGCCAGAGUGGACUAAGCAGGUUUACCCCGAACCAUUGCGAUCAAUAUCCUCCAAAUCUUUUACCACCAAAACUAACACUCCUAUGCUUGCACGCCUCAAAACUGGACCACUCAUCAAAGAAAUGCUCCAACGGUUUCGUAACAAGGUGGACAACACGCUGAAACCCAAUCGAACAUUGUGGGUGUAUAGUGCUCACGAUACAACCGUAGCAAAUGUUCUCAACACGCUUCGACUGUUCGACUUACACAAUCCACCGUUUGCGGCAUGCAUCCUGCUAGAACUGCGUAGAAGCGUUUCAGGAGGAGAGCCUUACGUUUCAGUAUACUACAAAAACACCACCAAAGAGCCGGAACCUAUGUCCAUUCCGAACUGCGGCACGCGUUGUCCUCUGAGCCAGAUGUUCAAAGUCUAUAGUGAAAUCUUGCCCGACAACUGGAAGCGCGAGUGUGAGGUUUCGAUUCUUUCGCUCACCUACGUAGAAGCGGAUAUGAGUUCGCCGACCAGUGCCAUCGGUAUUGUGUUCCUAGCAAUGGUCGGAGUGUUGGUGAUCGCUCUGGCCAUGGGUGCCUACAUCAGGCGCCGUCGUGGCUAUUACAAAGACAAGUGGUAUCUGCGUAUCGACGGAUAAUGGCACGGGAGCCGGGCUGCGGCAACGGCAACAGCGGCAUUUGGUUUGGACGAUGCGGAAGACUACGAAGAAGUGGAUGUCUGACGAAAAGGGGUACGCUUUCUGUUGACGGAGCAAGUGCGAUAGAAGUUGCAUUUCUCCUCACAGCAUCAACUUAAGGGAUAUCCUUUGGCAUGUUCUUUCCUGUGAAUAAGAGUAUUUUAGUGUGUAUGAUAUUUUAACUACUAGUGAUGUUUAUGUGGGGUGAUCUGUUAAGAGGGGGUCCUUGUUUGUUACAUUGUGCGGAAGACUACUGCUGUGAGUAUAGAAUUUCUGAUAUUGAAGUAAA